AUGUCGACUCUGAAAACUCGCUCGAGCGCCGACCAAAACCGAGAUCUCGAAGCCGUUAACCGAAUGCGCCAAGCCAGCAAGCGAACCUGGGCAUCAUCCAUGGUCCUUCACAUAAUCUGCUACCCGAGCUCCGGAUCUCUGCGAUUAAGACGGACCUCUUGGCUGGACGGCGUCCGGGGCGUCGCCGCCAUGACCGUCUUCAUCUUCCACGCCAUGGGCUGCUGGGCCCCGAUCGUGCCCGCCUGGCGCGCCGACACACACCAGACCAACCCCAUUCAGCUACCCCUGGUACGGACCAUCUUCGUCGCGGGCGGGGGCGCCGUGUCGGUUUUCUUCGUCCUCUCCGGCUACGUCCUCACGCACCGAUGUCUUCGCCUCAUACGCGCGGGUUCACCGCAUGGAGUCUACCCGGCCGUGGCCUCCUCCACCUUCCGCCGCGGGUUCCGGCUGUACCUCCCACCUAUCCUCCUCACCUUCUGCGAGAUGCUGGCGACGCGGUUUGGCUUCGCGCCGCCGCUCAACUUUGAAUUCAUCCCCGAGCCCACCUUUCAGGGCCAGUUUUGCGACUGGCUAGUCGAGACCAACCGCCUGGUCAACCCAAUCCACAACUUCAGCGGCGCCAUCCGCGGCUUGGUCCAGCAUCCCAAAUACGACGCCGUCAUCUGGACCAUACCAGUCGAAUUUUACGGCUCCAUGGUCUGCUAUCUCCUACUCCUCACCCUGGCCCCCGUGUCGCGCAACACGCCCAGAAUGGCCUCGGUCGCGAGCCUCAGCCUCCUCAGCAUGGCCCUGGGAAGCUGGAACAUUUUUUGCUUUACCGCGGGGAUGCUCCUGGCCGAUUUCAACCUAGGCCAGGAAGAAGACGACUCCCCCAUCAUCGCCCGCACGACCUCCACCCGGAAACACCGCCUCUUCCUCUGGACCACCAUAUUCUUGGUAUCUUUCUACAUCCUAGGCUUCCCGACCCUCGUCUUCCCAGACGCCCGAACAAAUCCCAUGCCGGGCUUCGAGACGCUGCGCGCGCUCAUCUCCGUUGCGGCCGGCGGCUUCGGCGGGGCCAUGGAAGACCCGGCGCGCUUCUGGUGGUCGAUUGCGGGCGUCGCGCUGCUGCUGUCCGUCUCGCAGCUGCCGCGGCUGAGGGCCGUGUUUGAGACGUAUCUGUGUCAGUAUCUGGCCAAGAUCUCGUUUUCGCUGUAUUUGGUGCAUGAGUUUUGUCUUGUCUUGUUCGGCUUGAAAUUGCAGGGGUUGUUGAUGUGGUUUGCGGGCGUGGAGACGCAGAGUAAGGGGAUGGGGUACUGGGUUAUUUGUGUAGUGUGGUCUGUGAUGUUUACGGUGCCUGUUUUCGCGCUGGCCGCGCAGGUGGAGAGGUGGGUUGAUGUGCCGAGUGUGAGGUUUGCCAAGUGGUUGGAGGAGAGGUGUUUGAGAGUGUAUAAGAGUUUGCAUUGA